GGUGGGUAAUUGAAUUUCAAUUGGUUACUUAAACAAGCAACCUUGAUUUUCCUCAAUAAGUUCUGAGCUGCGCAACAGUCCAACUUAGGAGCCUAGGACGGUAGGACCUGCAAGAGUCCGCGGUGGCUCAGCCCUACGUGCCUCCGUGUUUUCUGCUUCGUCUCCACCAAUACCACACCGCCAGUUGUCACUACUAUUGUCAAAGAUCAAUUCCUUUACUGUAAUUACUUAAUUCUUGCACAGACUGGUUGGUGUAGAAAAAAAGUAUAAGAAUUUUUCAGAGAUAACAGCACCCAAUACGAUCAUGGAGUUUAAUUCAUUCUCCUCCAUUGGCUUCGUCUUCAUCUUGGCUUUUGUGUUCAUCCCAUGUUCAGUUUCAGUACCCUUCAUUGUACUCCAUGGCAUUGGAGAUCAGUGCGCCAAUAGAGGAGUUAAACAGUUUACGAAGCAACUGAGGGACUUUUCGGGUGCUGACGGAUAUUGCAUAGAAGUUGGGGCUGGAACAUGGGAUUCCUGGUUUGUGCCUCUCGAGGAACAGACCAGAAUUGUGUGUGAAAAGGUUAAAGAAAUGGAAGAACUCAGACAAGGUUACAACAUUGUUGGGCUCUCCCAGGGUAAUUUGAUAGGCCGAGGUGUUGUAGAAUUUUGCGACAAUGGACCUCCGGUUAAAAACCUUAUUUCUUUAGGAGGACCUCAUGCGGGUAUUGCUUCUGUACCUCUCUGUGGUUCUGGCAUAUUUUGCAUUAUUGCAAACAAGCUAAUCAAAGGGAAGAUCUACAGUGACUAUAUCCAAGAACACUUGGCUCCCAGUGGUUAUAUUAAAUUGCCAAAUGAUAUGACUGAUUAUUUAGGGAGGUGUAGAUUUCUUCCAAAACUCAACAAUGAACUCCCUGAUGAGAGAAACUCCACUUAUAAGGAAAGACUUAGUAGCUUAGAAAACCUGGUGCUUAUUAUGUUUGAGCAAGACAAUGUCUUGGUACCCAGAGAAACCUCGUGGUUUGGAUAUUACCCAGAUGGUGCCUUCAAUUCAAUCCUAGGUCCAGAGCAGACUGAUCUGUACAUUGAAGACUGGAUUGGUUUGAGAACACUGGAUGAAGCUGGAAGGAUCAAAUACAUUAGUGUUUCAGGAGGUCAUCUUGGAAUCUCCAAAAGUGAUAUGAAGAAGCAUGUGGUGCCUUACUUGACAAGUUCAGCAUCGCCAACAAAUGGAAACAAUGAGGUGAAUGGACUUCAACGUAAGGUUGUGGGAUGCAAAAAGGAACCCGUAUGAUCCUCAGUUUGACGAGAAAGCAUUGACUGAACUUGUUCAGUAAAUUUGUUCUGUAUAUGCAAUUGACUAAAACUAAUUGGCGAACAGAAUUAUAAAUCAAAGUUAUAUUGUGGUCGAUGGGACUACUAUGUACAGGAACUACAAUUUAGUGUUCCACUCAAUGACUGAGGCUCAAUUACGAAUC